AUGGGCUCAGGAAGUUCAACAGCAUAUGCCCACGAUAGGGAACCACCAUUGUUUCCUCUCUAUCAGGUACCCAAAGGAAACUCAAAUCCCAUUGUUGCUCAAUUAGGAGCUUUCCAAAAGACAUUUUGCGAAAUGUACGACAAGGAAGGCGGAGGGAAAAAUUACGAAAAGCUUAAACCCUCGAGCACUCAAAACAACACAACAUUACUUGCCUCAAGAAAGCUGUGGGUCGGCUGCUCUCCUUCACCCGAUUUGGAAAACCUUAUUAUUGCAGUGACUGAUUUGCGCGAGAAGUAUUUUGAAAAAGUUCUCACUCAGAAGAGUUUGAAUGAUAUGAAAAACUCACUAAGCAAAGAAUUGAAGCUUGCGAAUAUGGAGUGGAAAGUAUUCUUUGAUACGCUACGAGCAUCAAUCACACAAUCAGGAAGGUUGAGAGUGACUGUAGACGAGGCAGGCAACCAAUGCAAAGUUCUUCUCGAAAUGACUGCAAAUAAGCAAAAGGCCGAUAUUGCACUCAAGCUCGCACGUAUUGGAGAACCAAAAGAAGGAAAAUCUCCAGACUAUUGGACUCAACUUUAUCAUUCUUUCAUUUACCCACUUUACAGUUUCUACUUGUUGCGAACUGAAACAACACCGACUGAAAGAAUUGAUCAGCUUGAAAGAGAUCUCAAAGUAAUGAAAGAAAAGUAUCAAUACUUUUUGCAAAUACGAGAAAAGCUUGCAAAGAAGUCUGGUGAACCCAAUAUUCCAGUCAAUGCUUCUAUGGAAGAACGAAAUGCAAAAGCUCUUCUUCGAAGGCAAAACAGCGAGAUGGAAAGAAAAAGAAAAGAAAUUGAAAGCUUGGUUUUCCCUGCUCAACAAAUUUCCAAAUUCCUUAUUAAUAUCAAGAAAAAGCUCAUCAAAAACAAAGCCAUUACCGAAAAAGAAUAUGAGAACUUCAACGUAGUGAUCAACUCGCUAAGAUUUGACUCCAUUCACAAGAUUGAAUUUGGAAAGAACCUAAGAGAAUACGACCAAGAAGUGGUGCAGUACAUCAAGACAAAAUUCGUGGACGCUGCUCAUUUGGGAGGAAAGUCAAAGCCAGUGGAAGACAAGAAAGCUGAGCCAGCGAAAGAACCAGUCAAGACAGUGGCAGAGCCAACCACCCAAGUCGCAGGAAGACCUGGAAAGGAAGAACUCAAUAGCGUUCUAGAAAAGCUUGACAAAUGGAACUAUGAUGUCUUCAAAAUUACAGAACUGUCAAAUAACCACCCUCUAUUUUUUACUUCAUACGCUCUCUUCCUAAAAUAUGACCUGCUCAACAAGUUCAAUAUCAACGAGAAAGUUUUAAUAAGCUUUUUGAGAGAAAUAGAGGCAGGCUACCAACCAAAUCCUUACCACAACAACAUGCACGCAACUGACGUGCUGCAGUGUACACACUACAUUAUAAGUAAGGGAGGUCUCUCUCAGUACAUGACAGAUGAAGAUAUUUUUGCGUCACUAAUGGCUGCAAUUUGCCACGACUAUCAACAUCCAGGUCUCAACAAUAACUUCCAAAUGAAUUCUCACUCCUAUCUUUCCAUCCUUUACAAUGAUCGAUCCGUUCUCGAAAACCACCAUGUUGCUGAAACAUUUGAGUUAAUGAGAAGCAAAGAAUUCGACGUGUUCCAAACUCUUUCAGAUGAACAAUACAAAGACAUUAGAGAAACCAUGAUUCAAAUGAUCUUGGCGACUGACAUGGCUCUCCACGCAACAAUCCUAGGACGAUUUAAAUCUAGAAUCGAGACUGAAAAUGAAUCAUCAGAGAUUGAUUUUUCUGCUAAGGAAGACGUUAGAUUGGCUCUUCAAAUUGCCAUCAAAAUUGCUGACGUAAGCAAUCCAGCUAGGCCUUUAAAGUUGUACCUUAAAUGGGCAAAACGUAUCGAAGAAGAAUUUUAUAAGCAAGGAGACAAGGAAAAGGAGCUUGGCUUGGCAUUGUCACCAUUUAUGGACAGGACAAAACCCAGCUUGAACAACCUUCAAUCUGCAUUUAUUAAUUAUAUUGUAUCUCCAAUGAUGAAGAGUUAUUGUAGGUUAUUACCAAAGAUGAAUUUUGCAAUGGAGCACAUUGCCACCAAUUUGGAGUAUUGGAAAGAGAAUAAGACCAUCAACAUUGAAGAUCUCCAAGACUAG